UCCAGAGGUUGGCAUAAAUUAACGAAGCUGCGUAUAAAUUAACGCAGCAAAGCACGUGCCCCGACUUGAAAGCACGUGGUUAAAAAAUUUCGAAACAAUAACAAUAUACUGCAAUGUGAUUGGCUGAGCGGCUCGUCACACGUUUCACGUAAAAACAAUAGCAUAGCUACGUUUGUUGUUUUCACAUUUCGACGAAUAUUUGUUGAAGAAUACUGCUUGGAAGGGGGUAUUUUUCUCAGCGAUUUGUAGAAACGAGGAAAGCGCAAGUUUAACGAGUAUUUUUAAAGCAUUUAAAUGAGUCUGGACACUUUAGCCGCUGCAGCAAGUUUUGUGGAGAGUGAAGACAGCAAGAUCGACACGAAUACACGUGGUAAGACGCCAUUAGCCAUGUGCCUUGUGACUUUCACAGGUAAAAUUUUGAACGCUUCUUUUAACGAUUCUUUCUUGUUGGUUUUUACAGAAAAUUUAUCGAAGAGUCCAACGACUUCUGCUACAUCCGAUUCCGAUUCUGACAAGUCCAAAAGACGUCCAGGCGGGUCAGUUCGUGUGCUUUCAUGUCAUUCUAUUUUUACUGUCUAAAUUUCUGACAUGCCUCGCUUGCUCGCUGCUUUGUGAACGUAUAAUAGCUUAAAUAUAGCGUGUAAUGUAUGUAUUUUUAUUUUAGAGCGGGGACGAGAGAAAUCCAUAACAGACUCGAAAAAAAUCGGUAGGUUGGACCAUGGAUUGUAAAAUAAUCCAGGGUUGGACCGUCAAAGCGAGGUUUUUAAUAAUAUGAAGAACAAGCCGUGUCUUCGUGCAUGACUCCGUAAUAAUAACCUUUGCAAACUAUUUAUAUUCACAGAAUAAAGUUAUUAUACAGGCCCUAUAAUACACAAACCUUUGUUGUUCGAAACAUUGUAUUAAUACGUGCUUCAGACAUCAAUACAGUAAAUUCUUCACCACCCAUAUGUCGCAUUUCUCUGUCCUCGAUACAUUCAAAUUCCUAUUUCUCCCCAGGCGAGCACAUUUGAAAGUUUGCUUUGAGUCUUUAAAGAACGAAAUUCCAACCCUAGAGGAUAAAAGGACGUCAAACUUAAAUAUACUCAAAAGUGCAUUGAGAUAUAUCCAAGUAAGUUCAAUUUAUAUGCAGACUGUUUUUUGUCAUUUGUGGUCUUGAAAGGUUGCAUGGUGUUUUUAGACACUUACAUGACAGGGUGAAAACAAACUGCCAAGGUCAGGGUGGUUUGCUAGUUGUGUGGUAUUUGUGGCUUCAGAAAUGUGAAGAUCAGUGUUUGGGAAUGGCUACCAUGCAGGGAAAUUGACAUAGAAUAAUAAAAGCUAAACAUUGCAUAUAUGCUCUGUAAAAGUGUAGUGCAUACCACAAACUAAAAAGCUAGCCUUGUAUAUAAGGUUUCCAAGUUUUGCAUUGAACAAUAUUGUCUGUAUGUAUCGUUCAUUUCAAUUGUAUGUAUAGGAUUUGUAUUCCUUGUGAAAUAUUUGGAUAAUUAAUGAAUGUGUUAUUGUGUUGUAUGGGCAAGUUUGGGCAAGUGCAAGCAGGCAUGCAUAAAAUGUUUGGCGACUUUAGUGAGUUUUACAUAUUUAACAAUGAGAACAUUGUAGAAAAAAUGUGUACAAUUUUUUUCAAACCACAACCUUUAGAAAAGGGAGGAAAAAAAAUUGACGCACAUUUAAUGUGUUGAAAUUUGAUAUUCCAUGCAGUAUAAAUAAUAGCUUAUAAAUCUAUUUAUUUUAUGAGCACUGAGUAUUUUACUCCAAAUUCUGAAAUACCUUUAAGUUUUGUUAAAGUAUUCUCUUUUAGAAUGGGAUUGGUUUGAUUAUUAUUGUCAAUUUACUGUCAAUAUAUGAUAUAUUAUUUUAUAAUUUUAUGGUUAGGGUCGGUCAGAUUGUGGUCAGAUGUCUGAAGAUAUCACAGUGUCAAUUUCAUUUGACCUUGAACAUCCAUGUAUAUAUUAAAAGAAAUAGACAUGUAUAUUAUUAAGGGAAAUGUUUUUCAUGGCUCAGAAAGUUCUAAAUUAGUUUUGUUGGGCAGGAAAUCUUUAGUGUUUCCUGAUGAAAGCUCUUUUAUGAUUUAAGCUUUUUUUACCAGACUUGAGAUAUUUAACCUUGAACUAAAGUAUAAAGUCCAAACAGAAUAAAUCAAAAGACAUUGUCUGAUGACAUCAGUAUUGUGUAUUUUAUUAAUUAGCCAUGCUAUUAUGAGUGACCUGAUAGUCAGCUAGUUGGUGUUAGCCUGCUGCCUGAUUAACCUAUAUAUGAAGUCGAUGAUCCAAGUAUAAAAAAUUAGCAAUUUUUUUCUUUAAAAGAUGCUUUCAACAUUUCCAGUUUCCUGCCAAUUUGCACUUAGGAGGAUUUACUGGGGUGGUUUGGCAGAAAAAGCAGAAAAUUUCCCUUAUAUUCCAUUAUUUGGAUGAGAAGUGUCCCAGUGGUGCCACCAGGUGGCUCCCCCCUCCCCCCGCAAUGUUUUUCAGUGUGUGGUUUUACAGUUGUUCAAUUCUGAUCAAUUGAAUGUAUUGGAUUCAGACUGUCAAAAAGUGAUUUGUUAAGACAUCCACAUUUUUUUCCAAGUGCCUCCGCAAUGCAGGAAAUGCAUUCCAGAUAUCUAAAAUUCAAUGUUUUUUUCCAAGGGAGCACGCCUUGGGACCCCCCUAGAAUUGUGACAUCACAAAUGAUUUGGUUGCCCCCCAUCACAAAUGAUUUGGUUGCCCCCCCCAUCACAAAUGAUUUGGUUAUCACAAAUGAUUUGGUUCCCCCCAUCACAAUGAUUGGUUGCCCCCAUCACACCUCAAUGGUCCUUGCCAAUUUAAAAAAUCGCAGUGUGGUUGUCCACGAGCAAAGCGGAAAAGUCGAAUACGAGCGCGACAGGCUGCUGGGAAUCGCUAUGAAAAUUCAUUAAUUUGUUAGCGAUUCCCAGCAGCCUUUCGCGCUCGUAAUCGACUUUUCCGCUUUGCUCGUGGACAACCUUAAUUGUAAUAGCUGUAUACUAUGAAGGUAAUGCCAAUCUAAGGUGUAUGGAUAAAUAUCAGGAUUUUGCCAUUUUGGGCACCUACACUCGAAAGAACUUAUUGUAGAUGGGUUUGCCACAAACACACAAACCAGGAAAGCUAGUGGCUCAGCAACGACUCCUUAUUCUGUGUUUUUUCAAUCGUUCUUUGUCUUCUUUCAGAAUUUGGAGAAAAAAACGAAGGAAGUGACGAAGGAGAAAGAAGAGCUCAAAAAACACAACUCAAGUUUGCGAGAAAAACUGAGAGUUCUGAGAAAUGAAAUCAAGAUUCUUUUAGAUACGAGUUCGAAGAAUGGAAUAAAAACUGAACUUCCUGAGUUACCAGCUCCAACACAGACCGAAGCUGCCAACAAUGUUGCUCCCGUUUCUGUGGCAACUCAAACAAUGCCGCUCGUCAAGAAAGUUGAACCCGUACAGGGUUCUGAAGACGAAGAAAUAAAUGUCGACGAGGUUACAGAAUCGUAAGGUUGGUGGAACAAUUUGACAAAAUAUUGAUACCCCUCCCCCUUGUAUUGAUAAAAUAGUCUAGGCUAAGCAUGUAUUAACGUAAGCAUAUAGCACUUGAUGAAAAGCGCAUUUGAUCCACAUGUUUAAUUUGCGCAAUGAAAAUGUCAAUGUAAUAUAAUGUAAAAAUGAGGAAGACGACUUUAAUGUAAAGUAAAAUGAUUGAAUAUUUAUAGUUAAAUAAAUUUGCUAAGCACAAAAGCUGCAGUUGCUUUUUAACAUUUCAUUGACUUAUUUUGUAGAGUGACCACUCUGUGAUGGUUUUAAUUGAAGAUUGAUAUUAUAUUGGUUGAUAACCAUGAAACUAGUUAGUGAAAAAACUUUAUAUUUUAUUACAAAAUUCACUACUUCUCAAGAUGUCAGUUCUAUGACAUGAAUGGACUAGGUUUGGGGGUUCAGUAGGGUUCGAGUUGACAGCCAACUCUCAUGCAACUCUUGUUCUGGUUUGAACGGUGGGGCAUUAUAGAGUUGAGAAAUUACUCUCAAGCAAACUCUGGCUUGUCAGCUCCACUGACCGUCGUUUGAUCAGGGCUGGUUCUUCGAAAGCUGAGUUAGCUUAAUUAACCUUAGGUUAACCCAAAAUUCAAAGCAAUCUUCCUGACAGUUUGUAUAAAAACUCGCAGAUAUUUCUUCCGAAAUUUUGUCUGGAUCUAUAAGAGUUUUUUCUUCUGAAGUUUCGAAAUAAACAGACGUUCACAAAUACCCAUAUUAAAACGGUAUCCGUAGGUAAAAUACACCUUACCGUUUAUUUAUUUUUCACCCAAUGGGCUCGUUUUCGUGUUUGCCAGUUUUGGCAUGACAGGCGCACAUGAAGGUUAUAUUCUCAUGUUUCCUUCACGAUUUGGUUCCUGGUUGAUCUUAAGCCCAAUAACAAGUAAGUUCUUAACCCAAUUGUGCACGAAACACAAGUAAAUACCUGACACGAAUACGAGGCCAUUGGGUCAAACGUCAAUAAACGGUAGGUAGAUUAAAGUAAAGCUCUAAUCUAGCUUUGAACAACCGGCCCCUUUACUAAAACCUAUUGCAAUGGUUGUUUCGUUACUGUAAUAGGCCCAUGCUUGCCCUUGCUGUAUUCCUGUAGAUAGCAGAUUUUCAGUGGAGGGACAAAACCAGUAAAAUAACCAAAAAUGUUAAAUAAUCUAUAUUUUCUCUAUCAUGUAAAUACAUGUCCACUGUGUGGGCACUAUAUGUUGGUUCAAUCAGUGGACACAUCGUAAUGUAACAUGUUAAACUUAUUCUCAAGAAGAUAAACAAAUGUUUUCUCUUCAACUG